AUGAGUUCCUCGGACGAUGAUGCUCCGCUCCUCAAGGCCAGCCGCCCUUCUGGUUUGAAUCCAGGCGUUUCCAUCCGCUUCGGGCCCAUUGACAAUGAGGACGUAGAUAUGAAGGACGCAGCCAAUGGUGUGAAUGGGCACGCCGUGGGCAAGAGAAGGGCGCGGGUCAGCGCUGGCAAACAGUCCUACGCAGAGGCGGAAAGCAGUGAGGACGAGAAGCCCUUGAGCAAGAAGCGCCGUGUUUCGACCAAAAAGCAGGAUGAUUCAGACUCCGAAGAGGACAUUCCUCUAGCCCGAAAAGCGAAUGCUGCUAAACUGCCUAGAGCAUCCGAGACCGCAAUUGGCGAGGAGUCGGAUUCAGAUAUACCUAUUGAGCGCAAGCUUAAGAAACAAAAAGCGAAUAUUGAGAAGAAGGCCGAACAGGAAGCCAAGGCAAUUCGCAAAGCUGAGGCUACGUCACUAAAAAAAACUUCGACAGAAAAAGCAGCCGCUAAUGGCAAAAAGCCGAAGGCAAAUGGAGUAAAGACCGAAAAUGGAGUAGGCACUAAGAAGAUCAAAGCAGAACCUUCGACGCCAGUGAAGAAAGGGAAGGGCAAGGCAACUCCUGUCAAGGAGGAAUCAGAAGACGUUGAAGCAGCCGAGGAGGAAGAGGAGUAUCGUUGGUGGGAGGAUCCAACCAAAGGCGAUGGUACUAUCAAAUGGACAACCCUCGAACACAACGGUGUUGUUUUCCCACCUCCAUAUGAGCCUCUGCCCAAAAAUGUCAAGAUGAAAUACGAUGGCAUUCCUGUUGUCCUAGAGCCGGAAGCUGAGGAAGUUGCCGGUUUCUUUGGCUCUAUGUUAAAUUCCACACACAAUGUCGAGAAUCCGACCUUCCAGAAGAACUUUUUCGAUGAUUUCAAAGCUAUUUUAAAGAAGACAGGCGGUGCAAAGACGCAGAAGGGCGAGCCCAUUGAUAUUAAGGAAUUCAGCAAGUGCGAUUUCAAGCCGAUCUUUGAGUACUACGACGCGAAACGUCUGGAGAAGAAAGCUAUGUCGGCUGCGGAAAAGAAAGCCCUCAAAGCUGAGAAGGAUGCAGCUGAAGCACCGUACAUGUAUUGUAUGUGGGAUGGACGCAAGCAGAAGGUUGGCAACUUCCGCGUUGAACCUCCAGGUCUCUUCCGUGGUCGUGGCGAGCAUCCAAAGACCGGCAAAGUCAAAACACGUGUUCAACCCGAGCAGAUUACGAUCAAUAUCGGCAAGGAAGCAAAGGUUCCUCCGCCUCCUGAGGGACACAAGUGGAAGGAGGUUAGGCAUGAUCAAGAAGGUACUUGGCUUGCUAUGUGGCAAGAGAAUGUCAACGGAAACUACAAAUAUGUUAUGCUUGCCGCAAAUUCCGAUAUCAAGGGCCAGAGCGACUACAAAAAAUUCGAAAAAGCUCGUGAGCUCAAGAAACAUAUUGAUAGGAUUCGGGAAGACUAUCGUGUGGGUCUCAAAUCUGAACUAAUGGCUGAUCGACAGCGCGCAACAGCGGUGUAUCUAAUCGACAAGUUCGCUCUUCGUGCUGGAAAUGAAAAGGGUGAAGAUGAGGCGGAUACUGUUGGGUGUUGCUCUUUGAAGUACGAGAACGUCUCACUGCGACCACCCAACACGGUCAUUUUCGACUUUCUCGGUAAAGAUAGUAUUCGAUUCUACGAUGAAGUCGAGGUUGAUCCUCAAGUAUUCAAGAAUCUUAAAAUUUUCAAGAAAGCACCAAAGAAAGAGGGUGAUGAGAUUUUUGACCGAUUGACGACGUCAGCGCUGAACAAACACCUUUCAAAUUACAUGCCCGGCCUGACAGCUAAAGUUUUCCGUACUUACAAUGCUUCUUACACAUUCGCUACCUUACUCAAGGACAUGAAGGCGGAGGGCACAGUUGCGGAGAAAGUGAAGCAAUACAACGAUGCCAACCGUAGAGUUGCAAUUCUUUGUAACCACAAACGGACAGUCACUGCAGGGCAUGCGAAUCAAAUGGAGAAACUUGGCGACAGGAUCAAAGGCCUUCGCUAUCAGAAGUGGAGGGUUAAGAUGAUGAUGUUGGACCUUGACCCAAGCCAGAAGAAGAAAAAAGGCGCAAAAUAUUUCGAAUUGGAUGAUGAUCUUGACCAGGCAUGGAUUCAAGAGCACCAGGCAUUCCUUGUGGAAGAACAGAAACAGAAGAUCACCAAGAAAUUUGAGAAAGAAAAUGAGAAGUUAGCCGCUGAAGGUGAAAAGGAGAUGAAACCCAAGGAACUAGAUGAACGACUUGCAGUGCUCAAGGACAUGGAGAAGAAAUUCCAAAAGGAGAACAAGACCGGCAAAGUAGAGGCAGAGGGCAAGGGACAGACGAUUGAAAAGCUUGAAAACAACGUCGCCAAACUCGAACAGCGGAUUGAGACAAUGUCCCUUCAGGCUGAGGACAAGGAGAAUAACAAGGAGGUUGCACUUGGAACUUCAAAGAUUAACUACAUUGAUCCUCGUCUGACGGUGGUCUUUACGAAGAAGUUCAACGUCCCUAUUGAAAAGUUCUUCUCCAAGACUCUCCGUGAAAAGUUCGACUGGGCUAUCAAGUCUGUUGACGAGGACUGGGAGUUUUAGAAGAGUAUUUUUCUUUUUUUUUGGUUUUAUCCCUGCGUUUUGCGAGGUGGCGAUUUUCUUUUUGUAUUCUCCCAAUGAUUUGUUCAUCUAUUGACCCCUGGCAUCUGUACCAACAUAUCAACCCAGAAACCAAAAUACGCCC